UGAGUAAAUCAGAGAGACCCAAUCAUCCGAGGGCAGUAACAGUCAGGUAGAUGUGUGGAGGAGAUGUUAGCGGAGUGUCUGGAUCAGCAGUCGCUCGUGGGCUGACCGGACGCGUUGCGCGCACAUUCGUGUUCUGAAUGUUCACUGCUCGCGAGCGUCAAGGAAUGCGCGAGAGGAGAUGAAACUUUCCCUCGGAGCGACACGAGAUUUUUCCAUCACGAGACCGAGAUCAUUGGCUUGUUAUCCAGUUCUGCUGCCAGAAGUUUUGUAAAUGAAGAUAUCUGCCGUUUUUACACCUGGUUGCUCUCGCGGCUUUUCUUCACGCCUCUUCUCACGUGUGUGCCAUUCCUCCAGAAUGUGAUCUAGACUUCAUGCUACUCAGAGAGGAGGAAAACUGCUACAACAUCAUCUAUCAAGAGAACCUGACAGAGACCGGGUCCACACACACAGGUUGCAGUGCUUUAUGGGAUGAUCUGAACUGUUGGCCUCAUGCUGAAGUGGGAGAGACUGUGUCACGGCCAUGUCCCAAUUUCCUUCGGGUCAAAGGAGCUGUGAUGAAAAACUGCACUGAGAAUGGCUGGUCUGAAAUCUUUCCCCCAUACGAACUCGCCUGUGGCCAUGGGCUCAAUGACAGCUCUCAAAUUCCCACUGACUUGGUGCUGGUCUCACAUGAGUAUUUCUUUUAUGUGAAGAUCAUGUAUUCUGCGGGAUACGCCGUCUCUCUUGUCUCACUCAGCAUUGCCCUCACAGUGUUGUGUGUGUUCAGGAAGCUGCACUGCACUCGUAAUUUUAUCCACAUGCAGCUUUUUUUGUCCUUCAUCCUGAGAGCCAUCUUCAUCUUCAUCAGAGAUGCUGCACUGCAUUACUCACAGGAGUACUACCACUGCAACUCUCAUCCGCCUGGCUGCAAAGUGGCACUGUUCCUGUCUAAUUACUGCAUCCUGGCAAAUUACAGCUGGCUGCUGGUGGAAGGACAUUAUCUGCACAGCCUCAUUAACCUCUCACUGCGUUCACAGAAGAAACGCCUGCACUGGUACAUCCUGCUUGGCUGGGGGAUCCCAAUGCUCAUUAUUAUCAGCUGGAGUUUGGCCAAAUACCUGCACCAGGAUGAAGGAUGCUGGGAGACGAGAGAUCAUGGCUGGAUAUGGUGGAUACUGCGAGUUCCAGUCAUCAUUUUUAUCACAGGAACUGUUUUUCAGAUAAACAUGCUGUUUUUUCUGAGUAUAAUUCGGACAUUAGUGGCUAAACUGAAAGCUCCUGACAUGCAUGGAAAUGAAAUCAAUCAUCACAGGAAGCUGGCGAAAUCUACAUUUCUCUUAGUGUCGCUGUUUGGACUGCAAUAUGUGCUCUUUGCCUUUUUCCCUGAUAGAGUGAGCGUGCUAACCUUCAAAAUCUGGAAUGUCAUUGAGCUAGCAUUAGCAUCCACUCAGGGCUUUAUUGUGGCACUGCUGUACUGUUUUUUGAAUGGAGAGGUACAAUAUGAAGUCCAAAGACGAUGGAGACGGUGGCGCAUGAAGCAGCGUUUCCAUGGUGAUCCCAGGGUGCAUCACGGCUCCCUGAGUAACAGUGGCCUGCCGCUGACACAGGUCUCACUGCUGACACGUCCCAGCACACAGAUCACCUGACCACAAGCACCCAGCGCCACCUGAGAUCACUCAUGCCACAAUCCAGCAGCUAAAAUCAUCACAAAUGCACUGUCCAUUUACCCAAUCCCUCCGGUUUACUCAGCUGACUGACGCUCUCCGACAGAAAAGCAUCAUGGCCAUAACAAACUCUCAGACAAUUUAUGAAGAUGAUUGGAUUUGUCUCUGUUUGUUCUUGAUGGUUGUAGUUAUUAGGAAACAAAUGCAUGCAUGCAGUGAAAAGUAAAUUAUUAUAUAUGAGAAAACAUCAAUAUUAGGUAAAAACAGCACAAUAUGUGAUACUAUUAAAAGGGUUGUGACUUCAGGAAUUACAUUUUCUUUGAUCUUAUACAUUCAUUUCAGACUGCAAAAAAUACUCCUCCCGGCAAGAGUCUUUGACUUGAAUGAAUCCUUUUUUCUACUCUAUCAACACUGCCUUGUCACACUUUGAUAGACAAUUGCAUCCACUGCAACACAUCAACAUCUACCUUUCCAUAGCCGGUGAGCUGUGAGGUGUCAUAAAAUGUAAUGACGUUAGCUAAUCAAAAUAAUGGCCAUUUCUGAAAAGUCUUAGGGUGUGUUUACACUUAGUUUGUUUCUUUUGGUCCAGAACAUCCAAAACAGCUGCUGUGUAGGCUACUGGGCUAAACGUGAUCAUGCGUAUGUAUGGUGGUAUUUUUACCAGGUUAUAACUCACAAAGAGCUUAUGGCAUGUAUACUAUAUGUGUAGUUUGAAUGUAAUCUGGACGUACUACAUUUGCCUGGUUGUCAUUGUCACAUCACGUACCAGCAUCAGUUGCAUUGCAUCGCGUCACUGCCAUUCAUAAAUUCUCUCCCGUGGCCUCAUGGGAUAGUAACAAGUCCAUUGCAUGCACACUUCAGAAUCACGCAGGAAGUAGUAGGUAAUCCUGGUACUUUUUUGCCUACUCUAUUUUGAAUUAGGACAUACUUCUUUAGUCACAUAUUGUUUUUCACCUACUAUGUAGGAAGAAUGUGCUUUCGGAUGCAGCUUUUAUUACCUGAAUGGAAACAAUUUUAGUGUUGUAAAAAUGCAGGUGUUUACAAAACUCUAUUUUGAUUUUCAAUAAUUUGUAUUUUAAAAUAAACUUUUAAAUGUCUGUUCAGUAGUCUCUAUAACAGAUUACACAGUUUAGUAAUUGUGCUGCUUCUGAUUAAUUGAUAAAAGUUAUAAAUGUUGUACAAAAUAAACAUACUCAUCUUUGCACCAAUAAAACGCGCAACACUUUGUUUUACUACCAAAUUAUAUUUAAUAGGCUAUCUAUUUAUUAUUAAUAUUUAACGUAACACUGGAAAGGUUUCUGUGACCUCUUGUGAGAUCUCAGCAAAAAGUCUCACGAUUUAUUUCCAAAACAAGAUGAUGGGAUUCACUUAGCCUCAGUCAAUAUUCUGGAGCGGUAUGGAUUUAGUGUGCAUUAAGGGCACUGCGUUUGUAAGACCUGGGAUAGUCUUGCGCACAUUCUUCCUGUUGUGUGCAUGCACUCUCAAGUGACCAAGACCGCAAGUAUGGGUAUUUGGAAAAACACUGUUUCAAAGUGGACCAAGAACCCUGAAAAGGUGGGUCUUGGUCCACUUGUUUGAAGGUUCCGAUGACAGCGUUAACACUUAUUCAAGUGAACACUAACAGAGCAAUCGCACCAGAGUUUGUUUUAAUCAAACUAAAUCAGCCUAUAGUGUGAACACACCCUUAAAGAAAACUAAGCACCAAAAUUUAGUGUUUUGGGAGGUGGGAAAUCAUCAUGUUUUGGCAGAAUUCUUUUUAUUUUUUUUUUCAUCCCCUUGUUUAUCUAUGUGUAAAUAUUGAGAUGAUGCCUUGAACUAUUAUUCAUGUAUUGUCCUGUGAAAUAUAUAGUGAGUUGUGAAACAAAAAUGUAAAGAAAAGAACUAUCAUGUUAUUAAAUGAACGGAUCCCCCAUGUAUGGUUAAGUAUUAAAAAUACUGUAAUAUGUUCUGUUUAAUGAUGACAAUGAGAUAAUUCUCUAUUAAAUAAACUAUUAAGACUAACUAAAGAUUCAUGGUUUGUCAGAGCCAGUUGUCAACUGC